AGGCCCCUCCUCUGCGGCUGCGGCCGCGCCUGUCGGGGGGCGCGGGGGCUGAGACCGCGGCUUGGGCUGGUCCCUCGUGCCGCCCUUCGCGCUGCUCCCGCUCGGGACCAUGGCCUCCUCCGAGGUGUCGCGGCACCUGCUCUUUCAGUCACACAUGGCAACAAAAGGAACUUGUACAUCCUCACAACUAUCUGAUGAUGAACAGAAAGUAAAACGAGAAAACGUUCGUUCACUAAGUAUGUGUGGCCAUGUUGGUUUUGAAAGUUUGCCUGAUCAGCUGGUCAAUAGAUCCAUUCAGCAAGGCUUCUGUUUUAAUAUUCUCUGUGUGGGGGAAACUGGAAUUGGAAAAUCAACACUGAUUGACACAUUGUUUAAUACUAAUUUUGAAGACUGUGAAUCCUCACAUUUUUACCCACAUGUUAGACUUAAGGCUCAGACAUACGAACUCCAGGAAAGUAACGUUCGGUUGAAAUUGACUGUUGUGAAUACAGUGGGAUUUGGUGACCAAAUAAACAAAGAGGAGAGUUAUCAGCCCAUAGUUGACUACAUAGAUGCUCAGUUUGAGGCCUAUCUCCAAGAGGAACUGAAGAUUAAACGUUCUCUCUUUAACUACCACGAUUCUCGCAUCCACGUGUGCCUUUACUUCAUUUCACCAACAGGCCACUCUCUGAAGACACUUGAUCUCUUAACCAUGAAGAGUCUUGACAGUAAGGUGAAUAUUAUACCAGUAAUUGCCAAAGCAGAUGCAAUUUCUAAAACUGAAUUACAGAAAUUUAAGAUCAAGCUCAUGAGUGAAUUGGUUAGUAAUGGCGUCCAGAUAUACCAGUUCCCAACAGAUGAUGAAACUAUUGCCAAAAUCAAUGCUUCAAUGAAUGGACAUUUACCAUUUGCUGUUGUAGGAAGUAUGGAAGAGGUGAAAGUUGGAAAUAAAAUGGUCAAAGCUCGUCAGUACCCUUGGGGUGUUGUACAAGUGGAAAAUGAAAGCCAUUGUGACUUUGUAAAGCUCCGGGAAAUGCUCAUUUGUACAAAUAUGGAGGACCUGCGAGAACAGACCCACACUCGACACUAUGAACUUUACAGACGUUGCAAACUGGAGGAGAUGGGCUUUAAAGACAUGGGCCCUGAGAACAAGCCUGUCAGUCUUCAAGAGACCUAUGAAGCCAAAAGACAUGAAAUCUAUGGUGAGCGUCAGAGGAAGGAGGAAGAGAUGAAGCAGAUGUUUGUGCAGCGAGUAAAGGAGAAAGAAGCCAUAUUGAAAGAAGCUGAAAGAGAGCUACAGGCCAAAUUUGAGCACCUUAAAAGAGUCCACCAUGAAGAGAGAUUGAAGCUUGAAGAAAAGAGAAAACUUUUGGAAGAAGAAAUAAUUGCUUUUUCCAGAAAGAAAGCUGCCUGUGAAAUAUACCAGAACCAGUAUUUUGCUGCAUCGGGUAGCACCCUAAAGAAAGACAAGGAUCGUAAGAAGUAGCUCCAAUUAUAUGUAAAACCGAGGUUCCUGAACUAUACAUUGCAGAAGGUCACCACAAGCAAAAGUUAUUAAAAAGUUACAGUAUGCUUUAUUUUUUUUUUGCUGUUCUUAUUUCUUGUGUCAUUUAUUAGUUCUAUAUCUGGCAAAUGGCCACAGUAACUGUCAUUUGUGGAAAAAUACUUUCAAGUAUAAGGUCAAAAUAUAUAUGCUAGAGUAGAUGAUACUACUUACAUAUUCACUGCUAGAAAUUUUAGAAUUGUUGGUUGGAGAUGAAUUUAGACCAUUUUUCUCUGUUGCCAAGUUAUUGACACUUUGCAGUACAUUAUACCAAAGAGAAAAGUCUCAGUGCCAUUUUAAAAUACAAAACUCAUUCCUGUUAUGUCUAUCUGAUAACAUUUAUAUUUCAAGAUGAACCUUUUUUGAAAAUCUUCUAAAUGUAAAAUUUUGGGAAUAUGUUUUGAAGUGUAGUAUAUAUCUUAAACUGUGUAACCUCUCAAUAGUUUUAUAGAAAUUUUAAAGUUUUGCUAUAAUUACCUAAUUGGUAAUGUGAUCUCAAGCUUCUGUAUCAAAUUGCAUAAUAUGAUGACCUUCUUUCUUCAGUAUGCCUUAUUGUGGUUGAUGUGUUGGUGUGAUGAAACAAAAUAUGAUUAAAAGGAAAACCAUCCAGGUAUAUAAAUCCAUUUUUCUAGCGAUAAGCACCUUGAAACUGGGUGUAUUACAGUAUUUUCAUUAGGUUGUAUCACCUACUCAUUGCUUAACACUCUGUCUUCCCGGGAAAAGUAAGAAGCUGGAGUCAUUUAUUGAAAGAUUUUUUUAAAAGAAAAUAGCUAUGAACAUCUGAAUAGUGAAGGUGUGAGAAAUUUAGAUGAUUUAUAUCUCAAGGGACAUUUGAAUUCAGAAUGUCUUAAUAGUAUUCUCAGAACAAUUUAGAGGUUUCUAACCUUUUCUUAACAUUCUUAGAUCUGUAAUUUUUCAUUUUUUUGUACUUGAAUAUUUCUAAAUAAAACUGAUAUUUUACUCUUGA